AUGGUUGCUACACAAGAGAUUGAAAACACCUACACUGAGAGUAACUCAGGUGGUAAGACUGCCUUUAAGGACUACUUGGGCAAAUAUGCCCACAUUGAGGAUCCUUUGGAAAGAAGAAGAUUGGCCUUGGAAGAAAUCGACAAGGCCGGCUUUGGAUGGACUCAAAUGAAGAUGAUUAUGAUUGCCGGUGUUGGUUUUAUGACCGAUUCUUACGAUAUCUUUGCCAUCAACUUAUCGGUUAACAUGUUGCAAUACGUUUACUGGGAAGGUACUAUCCCAAGUUCCACCACUACUUUGAUCAAGGUUUCCACUUCUGUUGGUACGGUUAUUGGUCAAGUUGGAUUUGGUUCUAUUGCCGAUAAGGUUGGUCGUAAAAAGAUUUAUGGUUUGGAAUUGAUUGUUAUGAUUGCUGCUACUAUUAUGCAAUGUACUAUUGGAGAAUCGCCUGCUAUCAGUUUCCCUGCUUGGUUUGCCACAUUGAGAAUUAUUAUGGGUAUCGGUAUUGGUGGUGACUAUCCAUUAUCAUCCAUCAUUUCUGCUGAGUUCUCCACCACCAAAUGGAGAGGUGCUAUCAUGGCCGCUGUCUUUUCAAAUCAAGGACUUGGUCAAGUGUUUGCUGGUAUCGUUGCCAUGAUUUGUGUUGCUGGUUACAAAACCGACUUGGAAAAUAUCACCUCUGGUGCUGAAUGUCACGCCACCCGUAGUUGUGUUAGAGCAGCUGAUCAAAUGUGGAGAAUCAUUAUUGGUUUUGGAUGUGUUCCCGGUUGCAUUGCCUUGUACUAUAGAUUGACCAUUGCUGAGUCACCAAGAUACUCCUUGGAUGUCAAUGAACACGGCGAUGUUGUUAAGGUUGCCGACGCUGAAGCUGCUCUCGACCCUGCUGUCACUGAGAUUGCACCACCAAAGGCUUCAUUUAAGGAUUUCUGGAGACACUUUGGACAAUGGAAGUAUGGUAAAAUCUUGUUGGGAACUGCAGGUUCAUGGUUUAUGUUGGAUGUUGCAUUUUACGGUAUGGGUUUGAACUCGACUACUAUCUUGCAAGCCAUUGGAUAUGCUAGAAAAGAUACCGUUUACCACAAAUUGUACGACUCUGCUGCUGGUAACUUGAUUUUGGUUUGUGCUGGUUCAUUGCCAGGAUACUGGUUUUCCAUUGCAUUUAUUGAGUUUUUGGGUAGAAAAACCAUUCAAUUGGGUGGUUUUGUUAUCUUGACUGCAUUGUUGUGUGGUAUGGGUUUUGGAUACCACAAGUUGAGCGAUGGUGGAUUAUUGGGUUUGUACGUUGUUGCCUCCUUUUUCCAGAAUUUCGGACCUAAUGUCACCACAUUUAUCGUUCCAGGUGAAGUUUUCCCAACCAGGUAUAGAUCCACCGCACAUGGAUUAUCGGCAGCAGCAGGUAAAGUUGGUGCCAUUAUUGCACAAACAUGUAUCGGUACUCUUAUAAACCAUGGAUGUGAUGCCGAGCAUCCAAAUUGUUACUUGAACCACGUCUUGGAGAUUUUCGCCUUGUUUAUGUUGUUGGGUAUCUUUACCACUUUGCUUAUUCCUGAAACCAAGAGAAGAACAUUGGAAGAGAUUUGUGAGACUUGUCACGAUGAGCCAGACACAACAAAGAUUGGAAGGGACAGAUACACUACACAAGAGGAGUCUUAUGAUUCAGACGUUAAAGCUUAG